CUCCUUAUCCCUUCAUGCACGGUGUCAUUUGGCAGAUGCUUGUUGUCAAAUCAAAGCAGAAAGCCGAGUUAAAUGUCGUAAUUUGUAGAUUACUGAUGUUUUGAUCAGUAGUUUCAAAUACCCAACGAGUACUUGAUUUUGUUUCAGCUGACUAUGGAUAUUGUAAAUAAGUUUCGCUCGACAGUGAGUAGUACAGUCUCUACUCUGUCUGGAGUCCUUCCUGGGAACCCAGUAACACGAGAAUAUGAAGUUACAAACCACAUUGCCAGCGCAGGACCAGGUUUGCUAUGGAAAAUAUACCAAGGCUACAAAAAGUCAACCAAACAAGAAGCUGCAAUAUUUGUGUUUGAGAAGAGGCAUCUAGAAAAAUUUCCAAGAGCUGAAAGAGAUAUUAUUUUAGAAACUCUUAAGAGGGGUGUUGCCCAACUCACAAGAUUAAGACAUCCCCAAAUUCUUACUGUUCAGCAUUCAAUGGAGGAAUCGAGGGAGAGUCUUGCUUUUGCCACUGAACCAGUAUUUGCUAGCUUGGCAAAUCUUAUGGGAAGGACAGAAAAUAUGCCUUCUCCUCCUCCUAAAUACCUCAACAACUUCAAGCUGUUUGAUCUGGAAAUCAAAUAUGGCCUUCUACAGGUUGGAGAGGGGAUGGCUUUUCUUCAUAAUGAUGUAAAGCUACUUCACCGUAAUUUGUGCUUGGAGUCCAUUGUUGUAAACCAUCAAGGAGCAUGGAAAAUUUUUGGUUUUGAUUUUUGUGUUCUUAAUCAGGAACAGUCUGAUGGACGGCCUCAUUGGCCUUUUGUGGAAUAUGAGCAGUGUGCUCAUCCUAUAUCACAACCUGAUUUGGAUUAUCUGGCCCCAGAGUGUGGACUCACUCUUACUCACUCUCCUGCAAGUGAUAUGUACUCAUUGGGUAUGACGAUUUAUGCAAUACACAAUGAAGGGCAAUCAUUGUACACAUGUAAUGGUGACUACAAAACUUUUAAAAGAAAUGUUCAAAAUAUGAAGCAGUUGCCUGCAUCUAAGCUCUUGUGUGUAGCUGAGGGUCUAAGGGACAUAAUCAAAUUAAUGUUGAAUAGUACCCCUGAAGUCAGGGCAGAUGCCCACCAGUUUGUCAAGAUCAAUUAUUUUGAAGAUGUUGGUGUCAAGACCCUCAACUACCUUGACUCAUUAUUUCAAUGGGACAACUUACAAAAGUCUCAAUUCUACAAGGGGCUGCCUGAUGUGAUAAAUAAGCUGCCUCAUCGGGUGUGUCUCAACAGAAUAUUGCCAUGCCUUAGUAAAGAGUUUGUAAACCCCACAAUGGUGCCAUUCGUUCUACCUAAUGUAUUACUUUUGGCAGAGAAAUGCACUAAAGAGGAAUAUUGUCAAAAAAUACUUCCUGGCCUGAAACCUGUAAUGAAAAUUCAAGAGCCUAUUCAGGUUCUCCUCAUAUUCAUGCAGAAGAUGGAACUACUCCUUCAACUCACUCCUGCAGAUGAGGUGAAAUCAGAUGUCCUUCCAAUGUUAUAUCGUGCUUUAGAAUCUGAUGCCCAGCAGAUCCAAGAGCUUUGCCUCAGCGUUUUGCCAACAUUUGCAAGUUUACUUGAUUAUCCUGCAAUGAAAAACGCUCUAUUACCCAGAAUCAAGCGACUCUGUAUCAACACGUCCUACUUAUCCGUGCGUGUCAAUUGCCUUGUGUGCCUGGGUAAAUUGUUAGAGCAUUUGGACAAGUGGCUAGUUCUUGAUGAAGUACUUCCAUUCUUACCUCAGAUACCCUCUAGAGAACCUGCUGUUUUAAUGGGAAUCCUUGGAAUUUAUAAGUUGGCUUUGACACAUAAAAAACUUGGCAUCACAAAGGAGGUCAUGGCAACAAAAAUCAUUCCAUUCCUCAUGCCACUUUGCAUAGAAAAUGGUCUCUCUCUGGCUCAAUUCAAUGCCCUUGUAACCCUUCUCAAAGAAAUGGUUGCAAGAGUAGAGUCUGAACACCGAACUAAGCUUGAACAACUUAAUUCUAUUCAACAACAAACAAGCAAUGUCCAACAAAACAUUUCUCCUCUAUCUGGCACACAACUUACAGCAGCACCUCAGCCAGAAAACGAAUUGGACCAAAUGUUUUCUAGUCUAGGUCUAGAUGACUUUACAUCUGGGAAAAGUUCUAAGACUCAACAAAUCCCAAAGUCCAACACAACAGGUUCUAUAUCCGGCCUCAACAGUAGUGGAUCCAUAGGUUCAUUGAGUAUUCAAGAUAAACAAAGACUGGCGAGUCAACAAGAGGCACAGAUGCGACUUCAAUCGCAGAAUCCCAUUUUACCUUCGUCUGUUACCCCUGUUGCCAAGCCACCGGUGAAAGAUCUGACAUCAACUUUAAUGGAAAAUCAACUGAAGCAAAUAAGCUCGCCCGCUCCCGCGUGGACUGGCACAGUCAAACAAGUAGGAUCGCCGACAAGCCCCGGCAGCGCUUUCAGUGCUUUCCAGAGCUCCCCAGCCUUGACGUGGGCUGCGCCAAGCUCAAUAGCGGGUAGCAACAACCAAUGGUCUGGCUUGUCAAGCACUAUUCAGAGUAGCACUAGUCCUGGCUUCUCUGCACCUGCUGCAAGUGUAAACAACGGGUGGUCUCUAGCUGCCUCCAGUCCCCGGCCAGCCGCUCCCAUGGGCGGUGGGAUGGUCAUGAACAACAUGAUGUCACCCCAGCAAAUGCCAUUCUCCAAUUCUUUUACCCAGUCCAGUUCACAAACCAAGCCAUUGUCUGCUUCAGAAAUAAAUGACUUACUUAGCUAAUAAUUAUGUUUGCGCCAGCUUAACAUAUAAUUUAUUUGUUUUUUAUUCAUCGAUCUGGUCCUGGUCACCUUGAAGACCCAGUUUCAUUCCUCCUUGUCUAUUUAUUGAAUGUUUUCUUUGCAUUCCAAUUGCCAAUACUUCAACAGUCAUUAGCUGCAUCUAAGUGCUGGAAGUUUAGUAUUGAUGGAAAGACUGUGUGGGUUUUGCUAGCUUUUGACAGUUGUGUUGAAACAUCAUACUCUUGCAUUUAUGACAUACUUGUACAACUCCAGACUUGAUAGUGUGUGCGUGUGUGUGAUAUAAAUGUAGAUGGAGGGGUAAUGUGGAGAAGCUGGUGUGUAAUGUAGCUCCCUAGAAAUGAGCUUCCACUUGUUAUCUGUCAAGCACUUUGCAUUGUGUUAAUCAUUCCCUUGCUUGAGUUGAAUCUCUUGCUAUUCUGCUAGUUUUUAUUGUUAAUUGGCAUCAUGUUGGCAUGUACAUUUGUUUGUAAAAUGUUGCCAGAGUCAUUUUAUUUCUGUUCUUGUUUUGAAAUUUUGAUUUUAUAAGAUACUUUACAAGGUUAUUAAAGAAUAUAUCAGCCCUCUGUGAGCCUUAAUGAUUUUCUGAAAUGAAUUAUUUUGUACUAUAGAUAUUGAUAAUUUAGGUUCAAGUAACUUAUUAUGUUUGUGAUUAUGUAUCUAAGUCAUUAUGAGCUUAUCAAUGAAGUAAAAUCACAAUUGUAAAAUUUAGACUAGUGAGCCAAAGCUAGAGUGAGGAACCUAAAAGAAACAAAAUAACAUAUGGAUGUAAUAAGUUAAUUGCCAUCACUUUUCUUUCCGUCCAUGUUACUUCUUUGCCACACCGUUUGAAUGAUGGUAGGCUAUUGACUAUUGUAUCAUCAAGAAACUAAAAGUAUUUUACACCAUGUCACAUAGAUUUGAUUACACACUACGUAGUAACUGUGUAUGAAUCUUAUAUCUAGUUGACUAAAGAAGUAUCUAAAGUGUAAAUGUUAUUUAAUAAAAUAUUUUUUAUUGAGAAA